AUGACGGCUCUGCUUGACCGGAUGUUGAGGUACCUCACUCGAGUGAUGGACGUGGCAACACCAACAGCCGACUGCCUUACUCUGAUUCACCAAUUGUUGGCGCCGGUGCUGCAUGCACACGACAGUGACGGCAGCAGUGUGACUAAACAGGAGUCUGCCGCUUCAGGCACUGCCCUCUCUUCCUGCUCUACCAUCCACUGCUAUGCCACUGUGUGUUCCCCUCUGUGUUUCUCCUCGCCCCCUCUCUCUCUCCCCACCCCAGGCGCGCAUGCUAGCAGACAUGGAGGAAUGGGUGGCGAUCUCCUUCAGCACCGCUCCCCACCGCUCUGCACCUUUCUGUUCUCCCUUCAAUCGCACUUCCCCCUCCCCCUGCAGGCGCGCAUGCUGGCAGACAUGGAGGAGAGAGUAGGCGAUCUCCUGCAGCUCACAUUUGAGAGCUACAAGUCCCUCAGCGAGUCUUCCCCUUCAGGCAUCGCCGACUCUUCCCGUUCCGCCACGCACCUGUGUGCCUCCCUGGGGCGAUCGCUGGUGGGGGCAGAGGCGGCAGCGCUGGUGGCGCCGGCGAUCCCCCCUGCAGUGCACCUGUUUGGGCUGCUGAACGACCUGUUGCUGCCAGAGGUGCAACAGCAGUUCUGCGGUUACCUGCAGGUGAGACGAGGGGGAGGAAUGGGGGAGUAUUGGCAGAUGAAGGGGGGGUGCUUGGGAGGCGCAGAGGCAGUAGCAGCACUGGUGGCGCCGGCGAUUCCCCCCGCGGUGCACCUGUUUGGGCUGCUGCACGACCUGCUGCUGCCAGAGGUGCAGCAGCAGUUCUGCGGUUACCUGCAGGUGAGCCUGGGGUAUUACUGGGAGCAGGGGUGUAAGGGCUGGGGAAGGGCACUGGGGAGAUCGCUGGUGGGGGCAGAGGCGGCCGCACUGGUGACGCCGGCGAUUCCCCCCGCGGUGUACCUGUUUGGGCUGCUGAACGACCUGUUGCUGCCAGAGGUGCAACAGCAGUUCUGCGGUUACCUGCAGGUGAGGCAGGGGUGGGGGUGUUGGCAGAUAAGGACAGCAGCGAGGCGGCGGUGCCGGCAGCACCUGUCAGAAACCGGCGAGUAUGUCAACGGCACGUUCUGCGUGCUUGUCUUGCCUUCUCACCUUCCCCAUUCUCCACUCCCUUCCCACACAGACAGCAGCGAGGCGGCGGUGCCGGCAACACUUGUCAGAGACGGACGAACAGCAGCGCGGCGGCGGUGCAGGCAGCACCUGUCAGAGACCGACGAAUACGUCAACGGCACGUUCUGCCUUGGCACUGGGGGCAGCACCAUGCAGGCGCAGGCGCAGGGGCAGGCGGGCAUGGGGUGCAGUCCGGGGGGAGGCAGGGGGAGAGGGGGCGGAGGGGGCGGGGGAAUGGGGGGAGCAGGCGGGAUGGGGAGGGGGGCGAUGCGGGGAGGGGAGGGGGGGGAUAUGGAGGAGCAGAGGGAGGCGUAUGGGAGCAUGCGACUGGCGUGUGUGGCCAUGUGGAGGGAGGUGCAGGCGGAUAUCGGCAUUCACAACCAACACAUCCUGCCCAGGGGUGCAAGUGCGUGUGUGGCCAUGUGGAGAGAGAUGCAGGCGGAUAUUGGCAUUCACAACCAACACAUACUGCCCAGGUGGGUUGCUGUUCGUUGGGAUGAGAGGGAGGAAGAGACUGGCUUUGGUGCAUGUCGGUGCACAUGCGUGUGUGGCCAUGUGGAGGGAGGUGCAGGCGGACAUAGGCAUUCACAACCAGCACAUCCUGCCCAGCUGGCGUGUGCGCGGUGGAGCUUUGUCGAUCUACCCGAGUUGACAGCUGGUGUGUACAUGGUGGAGCUGCAGAGGCGAGUCAACCAGUUCCUGCUGGCGGUGCCACCUCAGCACCCGCUGCCACAUGUCAAGAACCUGCUGCACGCCACUGCUGACGUGGAGGACAGGCUCAUGCUGUGGGGCCAUCCCCGAUCACUGCUGCUUGCAUCUUUCCUUCCCCCUUGUCAUCUCGAGCAGCAAGGUGCCUUGGGCCUAGACGCAAGGGAGCUGUUUGGAGUGUACGUGGAGGCAUGGAUCAGGGAGCGCACCCACACUCUCAUGGACGUCUGUCGAGCUCCCAAGCAGUGGCGGGGCGGGGCGGACCAACGUUCACCUCUCGUCUCUUUCCUCCGCUUGACUGUCUCCCUCCCUUCCAACGUAGUGGGCGGUGCUACGAUUUUUGAGUCGACUCAAAAAUCGACUCAGUGGGCGGUGCUAGCCUCAAUGUCCGACUGCAACGCCACGUCAUCGUUUAUGGAGGAGGUGUACGGCGUGAUCAACAGCCUAUUGCGAGUGGCACCAAUGCUUAUCUCUUCCCCUUCCUCCCUUGCUUGUUUCACAAUUGAACGUCUCUCCCCCCCAACAGUGGGCGGUGCUUGCGCCCAUGUCGGACCGCAACGCCACGUCACCAUUCAUGGAGGAGGUGUACGGGGUGAUCAACAGCUUGUUAGACGAGCUCGACUCGGUGCUGGGGCGAUGGCCGCAGUACACGCUUCUCGUGGAGGAGGUGAGAGCAAGCAAUGGGGGGAGAGGCGGGGCCAGGUCAUGGAGGGGGAGGAGGUGCAGUGCAUGGGGGGAUGGGUCAGAGGGGUGAUCAACAGCCUGUUGGACGAGCUCGACUCGGUGCUGGGCCGAUGGCCGCAGUACACGCUUCUGGUGGAGGAGUCAGCAGGUCAUGCAUUCAAGCCAACAGACAUAUCGUCCCUCGCCUCUCUCUUUCAGAACUUUCAUUCCUUCUCCUCCUCAGCACCCUCUUCUCCUCCUCAGCACCCUCUUCUCCUCCUCAGCACCCUCUUCUCCUCCUCAGCACCCUCUUCUCCUCCUCAGCACCCUCUUCUCCUCCUCAGCACCCUCUUCUCCUCUUCACAUGAUUGGCAUGUGUGCCUGUGUGCAAUCUCUGUGUUUCCUGCUGCUUCCCCAUUGCAGGCGGUGUGUGAUGUGGAGCGAGCAGCCAUUUCAUCCCUCGCCUCUCACUUUCAGAACUUCCUCCUGCUCCUCAACACCCCCUCCUCCUCAUCCGCCCCCUCCUCCACCUCUACCAAAAAGAAGCUUCUCAACAUGCUGUCGCGCCGCCGCCCCACGCUCGCCUACCAAGUACCCAUAGAGUCCCACUGUGCCACCCAGCUGGCUGCCCCUUCUUCCCUCUCUUCCCCCUCUCCCCGCUCUUUCCGCCCGGUCCCCCUCUUCCGCAAAUGUCCUUUCUGUCACUUCACUUCAACUCAGUCUUCUCCCUCCUCCGUCCCCCUCAACCCUGCGCCCAACAGUGGAGCACAGUGUAUCUCCUUUCCCCCCCCCGUCCUCUCAUUUCCCCUUUCCCCCCCUCACUGCAGCUGGGAGUACCCAGCUGGGUCGAACCACAUCACUGAAGAGAGUGCUCAAGGAGGGCCAUUCCUUUUAAAUGCGCCCUCUCUAUCCCUCCCCUCCAUCCCUUCGCUCCCCUCCUCUCCCCUGCAGACCCAGCUGGGUCGAACCACAUCACUGAAGAGAGUGCUCAAGGAGGUGCGGCCACAGGCGGGCGACGACAUGACGUCCAAGCUGCAGCCGCUCUCCGCCUUGAUUGGUUCGCUGCUAGCGCAGGCUGACGCAGUGCUGAGCAGCCGGGUGUUUGUGGGCACAGCAAGGGGCCUGUGGGACCGGCAUGGGAGGGAGGUGUUGAAGUUCCCAACCCUCUCCGUUCUCCCUUCCCCCACUCCCUUUUUCCCGUCCCAUCAGGCUGACGCAGUGCUGAGCAGCCGGGUGUUUGUGGGCACAGCGAGGGUCCUGUGGGACCGGCAUGGGCGGGAGGCUGACGCAGUGCUGAGCAGCCGUGUCUUUGUGGGCACGGCGAGGGGCCUGUGGGACCGGCAUGGGCGGGAGGUGCUGCACUUUCUGGAGAAGCGGAGAGAGGGAGUAUCGUGGUUUAAGAGUGCUUCUGCUGCUAUCACACUCGAUACUCUCGAUAAUUUGUUUACCCAGCAGAUGCAGCGACUGCAGGGACACUCUCUCAUGGAGAGGGACUUGGAGCCGCCUCGAGCCAUCUGCGACGCCCGAGGGGUGCUGUCUAAGGGAGGUGCACCUGCUGCCACUGCUAGAGUGCACGACUCACUCUCCCUCUACUAA